AUGAACCGCGAUGCACAGCCUAUAUACCAAAAUUCAGCAUAACUUAUUCAUCGAGUUCCAAACAACUACCGCUCUCGCAACUGGUUUGCGAGUUACUUUUCCCAUUAGCUGAACUCCGGUCAUUUACAUCGCCAAACUUUUGACGUGUCCUAUCAUAUUCACUGUUCCAGCGCGGGUCGUGGAUAUUAUCCUCUAAGCUUGCGCCUCUGAAAGAGAAUAUGGGGAAAGUAGAACGUAUAGUCUUUCUGUCGCUCAUUCUCGAUCUCUUUGCAUUUACAAUCCCUCUACCCUUGUUCCCUCGCAUAAUCGAGUGGUAUACUGUGAGAGAAAUCUCCGACACCAAUGGCCUCCUUUCCAGAACGCUACGGUUUGUUUCAGCUGUACGAGGCGUCUUCUAUAAGCCACUACAAAACUCCCAGAGAUGGGAUGUGGUUUUCCUUGGUGGUCUGAUGGGUUCUGCUUUCUCCACUCUGCAGUUCUUGGUAUCGCCACAUAUAGGAUCCCUCUCCGACAAGUAUGGGCGCAGGAACGUCCUUUUGAUCAGUAUGCUAGGAAACAUAUUGUCUGCGCUCGUUUGGAUUCAGUCUACCACUUUUGCUUCUUACAUGCUUUCCCGCGUCAUAGGGGGUCUUAGUGAAGGCAAUGUGCAACUUGCUACUGCGAUCCUCUCGGAUGUUUCAACACCUAGGAACCGAUCUAAAGCCCUUGCACACGUUGGAAUCGCGUUUGCUAUCUGUUUUUGCAUUGGGCCUCCGAUCGGAGCUUAUUUUGCCUCGAGGCCAGUUCCCCUAUCUGGUGCUCUACAAAUGGAAUUGAACGUAUACGCGGUCCCGGCAUUGUUGACACUCGUACUACUUGUCGCAGAAACCUUGUUCCUGGCAGUUGCUCUUCCCGAAACCCGAAAUACCCGGCCUGACAAGCACGAUGACGAUGAUGCUCUAGAAGUUCAUGUCAACGAGAAGUCGAAGGCUGCUUCCGCGAUACGGAGUGUGAAAGAGAGGGCUGAACUUCUGCGGGUCUUGCGCAAACUCCAUCUCCUUUUCUUAGGAAUCUUCUCAGGCGUAGAAUUCACCCUCACUUUCCUUACCUUCGAUCUAUUUGAUUGGAAUAACACACAGAAUGGAGCAUUGAUCGGCUCCAUUGGCAUUAUCAGUGCUCUUUUACAGGGAGGAUACGUCCGUCGUGCCAUCUCCAAAGUAGGAGAAGGGAAAAUGGCACAACGAGGGGUCUCGAGCUGCGCCCUGGGCCUCGUGCUCCUAGCCGCCCUGCCUCGCUUCGUGUCCACCCAACCAAAAAUCGCUGUCGGACUGCUGCGAGCCGCAGCAGUCUGUCUGGCCUUCACUUCCGCGACAGUCGUAAGCUCGCUUACUGCACACGCCUCCCUCCAGUGCGACGAGGGCUUCGACAAAGAUACAGGCAAACCCGCGGCCGAACAUCCUGAAUUGGCCAAAGGCAAGGCACUAGGUGAAUUCCGGUCAUCAGGUCAGCUGGGUCGCGCAAUAGGGCCGUUGCUCGCAUGCGCUUCAUAUUGGACCUUCGGGCCGUCCAUUACUUAUGCUGUGAGCGCAAUAGCUAUGCUGACUUUGUCAGCAUCCAUGAAAACCGUCGCCGUUUUACCGGAAAAAUCAUCAUAAUGAGAUCGCCGCAUCAUCGGAGUGUCGUCUCGCACCUCGUUGCAAUCUAGAAAUGUUUUCCAAACCACAGACUAAUUAAACCUACUCAAUAUCAGUUUAUUUCAUAAGUGAAGUUGUCUGCAAAAUGUCGGAGUACAUCAAGUGUGAUUGUAUGCCGAGCCGCCGAAUUACAAAGAUCACAAGACCGAUGACGAGCAUGAGUGACUACUGGAACAAAGACAGACAGCAGGAGCUCUGCCAAGAGUCUCUCGGUUGCUCGUGUUUCACUCUCCACGACAGGAAUAGUACACAAACCUUACUUGGCAGUUCAUUUUGUCCUGCACGCUCAAAAAAUGAACUGGCGAAAUA